GGGGAGCGGGGGAGCGGGAUACAAUGCGAGGAAGGUCGGGAUUGGGGGGGGAUGGGGGUGCGACGGGUGGGAGGAUGGGAUCGGGAUCGGGGUGACGCAGAAUGGAGAUCGGAGGGACGGUGGGGAAAUGGAUACGAGGGAUCGGGGCGGGAAAUCGAUGUUGGGGGACGAGAAGUGCGAUUGGAAGCGGGAGGGGGGUGGAAGUCGGGAUUAGAGUCGGAGUGGGGGGAAGGGGAGGAUCGGAAUCGGGAUUGGAGGAAGUACGACAGUCACGCGCACGUGCGCGCAGAGGGGUUCGGAGUCGGAUGGGGUCGGGAGCGGGAGCGGAGAAAGGCCGGAUGGGGAUCGGCGGAGGAGAGGCUGAAGGUGGGGAAUUGGUCAGGAUCGGGGCGGGGCACUGCGGGUGGGGAACGGGUAUGGGAUUGGGGGGAGAUUGGAGGAGAAUCAGGGAUGGGGUCGGGAUUGGGAAAGGGAGUGGGGAGGGUAGGGGGAGUCGGGAUGGUAGCACUUGUGGUGGGAGAGGGUCGGGGUCGGGAUCGCGGCGUUGGCUUGGAGAAACUGCUUGGUGCCGAGGGCCAAGUGUCAGAGAUGAAGUACGAGUUAGAGGCACUCAGGCCUGUUUUAUUGCAGACCGCCGAGGAGACAAGUGCCCUUUUAGCAGUGAUUGAAGGAGAGACAAAGGAAGUGGAGGCAACUCGUGCCACUGUUGAGGCAGAAGAAGCUGUUGCAAAUAUAAAGGCAAAUGAGGCAAGGAGUAUCAAGGAUGAAUGUGAGUCUGACCUAGCCGUGGUGGAGGAGGGAAGCGAGGAAUGCGAGGGAGGUGGGGCUCUGUGGAAUCGGAGAAGUAGAGGGGGCUGGGUAGAUCUGGGAGAGAACAGCUCCAAUAGCGAAGUCGGAUGCGUCGGUGAUGACGAUGAAUGGGCACGAGUAGUCAGGCAUGAUGGUAAACUCGUAGUGCCCGAAAUGAGAACGAAAAGCGGUCUUGGGCUGGUCCUCCUCGGCUACGCGGAUCUGGUGAUAUUCGCUACGAAGAUCGAUCUUCGUGAAGAAAUGGUGGCCGACGAGGCGUUCAAACAGGUCAUCCGCGUGAGGCAUGGGAUAGCUAUUUUUGACCGUGUAGUGGUUCAGACCAUGGUAGUCAAUACAGAGACGAAGCAGCUCCUCAAGUUGGUGCUUGAGUUCCUGGGCUUCGGGAACCGAAAGGCGAUAAGGGGCACAAUUCUGAAUGCGAUAGUUGGGCUCGAGCUGGAUGUGGUGCUCGAUACCACGCAUGGGAGGAAUGUUGCUAUAGGAGACAAAUGGUGGGAAAACAUCGUGAUACUCACGAAGGAGGGCACCAACGUUAGGCGGCAAGGAAGAAAGAAUGGUGUCGAAUUCCUUGGCAGCGGCAACGUCUGAAGCAGGGGUGGAGGGGGUUUGUAUAGGGGUAGGGACUGAGGGUGUAUCAGUGAUAAAGGAAGCGAAAAAGU